AUGUCCCGUCUUUACCAUAUCUACAACCUCCUAAUCCUAAUUACUAUUCUCUGCCUGUCAUCAACAUGGGCCCAAUCAAUGGAACACAUGGACUUAUCCACACCAUCAGCCUGGAACCCAAGUGGAGAGACCACAAGUCGUCAAUCAUUACAAGCACCAGAGGAACCCACAGUGCACCGACGGGCAAUCGUCACAGCAUCAGACACUUCAACAGAGAUGCCCGAACCCUUCGACACACUCUCCUACAACUUCGCCAGCGCAAGCACCUGUAUUGACUUCUUCACAAAAUGGCGCGCAAACACAACAAUCUUAUCCUGCACCCCCAUCUCCCUCCUCAUCCAGAACUCCAACGCAUUCUUCCACACCCUCAACUCAGCACCCGCCACAUCUCAUAUCCUGGAUGUAUCCUGCUCAGCAAAUGUCACCGAAUGCGCCUCAAUAAUGACAAAUCUCGCAAUCGACCUUCUCAAACCUGAGAACUGCGGCGACGACUUUCAAAACAAUAACUCCGUCGUCAAGGGCACGUAUCGUGAUCUAGUCGCGUACGAACCAAUGUACCGCGCAACAUGUCUCACGAACCCAUCAACACAGGAUUACUGUUUUGUCGAUGCGGUCUCAAAUUCCACCGCACCCGAUGACUACGGUGUCUACUUGAUGCCACUGGGGACCCCACUUACCGUCGGGGAUACGCCGAGUUGUACCAAGUGUUUGAAGGCGACUAUGGAGACGUUUUCUAGGUGGGCGAUACGGGAUGGUCAGUCGCUUGACGAUACUUAUCUUCCCUCGGCGAAGAUUGUUAAUGAUCAUUGUGGUGAUGAGUUUGCGACUACUAAUAUCACUGUUGGUUCGGCGGAUGUUACGGCUGGGGCGGGUGCUGUUGCUUUGCCUAAUAUUGGAAUCAUGAGUGUCAUGGCUUUGGUUCUUGGUGCCAUGAUAGUCAUGUUUUGA